GCUGCGGCAGAGUUCACUGUUGUCAUGGACGGUGAAAACAAAAUUUUGAAAGAAAUUUGUUGAAGUUCUUCGUAUUUUGUUUAAAUUUAUGGAUACUAAUUUAACUAUCGUUGGUGGAGUAUAGAAAUAUCGAUGAUGAGAAUAAACGUGCAACUCACAAAAGAGUCCAAACACAAAGAUUUAGUUAGCUGUGUUGGUUGGACUGCAGUUGAUGAACUAUACUCUUGUGGGGAUGAUCACAAACUCUUAAAGUGGAAUUUACUAUCUGAUGAAACAUCUGAAGUGACAAAAUUGCCUGAUGAACUUUAUCCAACUGACAUUCACUGGUUUCCAAAAAGUAUUGGUGCAAAAAAACAACCACAGAGUGAUGUAUUUGUAUUGACAGCAACAGAUGGAAAGUUUCAUUUUGUUUCACGAAAUGGUCGUAUUGAGAAAUCUGUUGAAGCACACAGAGGUGCCGUACUUUCUGCUCGGUGGAGUCAUGAUGGUUCAGCUUUAGGAACAGUUGGAGAAGAUGGUCAUGUAAAAAUAUGGUCUAGAAGUGGAAUGCUUAGAUCAACAUUAAGUCAAAUUGGUACCCCUGUGUAUGCAUUAUGCUGGGCUCCAGAUUCUGAUCAUAUUUUGUACACCAGUGGUAGACAGUUGGUGAUCAAACCUCUUCAAGCUGCUGCAAAACCUUUACAAUGGAAGGCUCAUGAUGGUAUAGUGAUGAAAGUUGACUGGAAUCCAAUUAAUAACAUGAUAUUAUCUGGUGGGGAAGAUUGUAAAUAUAAGGUUUGGGAUAGUUACGGUCGUGUAUUGUAUUCCAGUAGUUCUCACGAGUAUCCAAUAACAAGCGUUGCCUGGGCGCCUGACGGAGAACUGUUCGCAAUUGGAUCGUUUAACACACUGAGGUUGUGCGAUAAAACAGGGUGGUCUUAUGCCUUGGCAAAACCCAAUACUGGAUCAUUAUUCAACAUUGCUUGGUCCAGCGACGGUACACAGUUGGCUGGUGCAUGUGGAAAUGGACAUGUUCUGUUUUCUCAUAUCCUUGGAAGACGUUUGGAAUGGAAGAAUUUGGAAUUGACAAUCUCGCAAAGAAAGACGAUCUUAGUAAAGGAUGUUACUAGUGAUGCUAAAGAGAGUUUAGAUUUUCGUGACAGAGUUAUUAAGGCAUCUUUGGCAUUCAGUCAUCUUGUUGUUACAACUUCAUCCCAGUGUUAUGUCUACAGUGUGAGGAACUGGAACACACCCAUUAUUUUUGAUCUCAAAAAUGGAAGCACGAGUUUGAUCAUUCAAUCAGCGAAGUAUUUCCUUCUGGUUGAUGAAACAGGAGUUCAAAUUUAUUCCUACGAGGGUCGCCUUAUCAGUGCCCCCAAACUUCAAGGAUUACGACCAGACUUAUUAAAUGAACAAACACUUUCUCUGAGCAAUGAUAUUCUGGCCGUCAGAGAUCAGAAAGAUGAGAAGGCAAUCCAUGUGUUUGAAGCAGCAUCUGGCAAGCCAAUGGGGGAUGGAAAACCAAUUCAGCAUUCGCACGACGUUCUCGAGAUUGCUGUGAACCAAUGUGGACAAAUCAACAGUCGACAACUGGCGAUAAUUGAUAAGAAUCGAGAUUUGUUUAUCACUGCUGUACAACGUUUUGGAUCAGCACCACGAAGAGCGAAGCUAGGAACCAUGGUUACAUCAAUGGCGUGGAAUGAUUCAUCCAAUAUGUUAGCUGCAUUUCAAGAUGGCGUCUUUACUGUGUGGUGUUAUCCUGAAGCUGUACUUGUUGAUCAAGAUAGCCUAAGUGACACAUUAAUAACUAAAGACUCGAGUGACUUCGGCAAGAAUCCUAAUAUCGCUAGUUUUCUUGGCAAUGUUUGUGCAAUGAGACGAGCUGAUGGAUCACUAUGCAGUACUGUAAUUUCCCCUUAUCCUAUGAUGUUGCAUAAGUAUACAAGUGAAUCAAAGUGGCCAGAUGCUGUGCGCCUCUGCAGAUUUGUUAAGGAAAAGACUCUGUGGGCAUGUCUUGCAACAAUGGCGGCUUAUGGCAAAGAGUUGAACACGGCAGAAAUUGCUUAUGCUGCUAUUGAUGAGGCUGAUAAAGUUCAAUACAUCAACCACGUCAAAGAAAUCCCAACUAAAGAAGGACGAAAUGCCGCUAUGGCGCUUUUCUGUCAACAAAUUCAAGAAGCAGAGAUAAUUUUACUUCAAGCUGGCCUGUUAUUCAGAGCCAUUCAAAUGCACAUUGAUCUGUUUAACUGGGACAGAGCCCUUCAAAUAGCAGUAAAACACAAAACUCACGUGGACACUGUCAUUGCUUACCGAAAUAAGCAUUUGAAUAGUUGUGGGAAGAAAGAAGACAAUAAACGAUUUCUUCAGUUUGCUGAAGGUGUUGACAUAAACUGGGAGAAAAUAAACGCUAAAAUUGAUAUGGAGAUGCAAAAGGAAGCGUCAAGACCUGGAGCAAAGCCUUACUCGACAUAAACAUGUUUAUUACAUUGUUUUCAAUUUCACUGAGAUGAAUAUAGAAAACGGGCCAUAAGAUGGUUGCGUUCCUCGCUAGUUGUAUUAAUACUGCAACACACGUGUACAUACAUAUAUAUGGAGAUGCCCUAAUCAGCUAUUGUGUUGUCCACCCACCUGCUACUAACGCUGAUUUACAUCACAUUGACUUGUGAAGCCUGUGACUUAAAAAGCGUUUGGUUCAUUCAAUGGUAGUCAAUCUAAACCUCGCUAGUCACCUCUCACGUACGACGGCUACGAGCUAGCCUGCGUAUUUGUAAAUAUUUGGGUUUCAAUAUUUAUUUAAAUCAAUAUUAAAUGCGUACAAUUAC